UAAAUCAGCAUUUUCUAAUUUAACCCGCACAUACAAAAUAAACCCACGAAUUCUUUCUCUUUCAGUUUCACUUCCUUCCUUGUUCAAAAAAUGGUGAAAAAUGAUGAUCAAGAAAGGGAAGGUGAGGAAUCAACAGAGAAAGCAUUCAAGGACGAAUAUGUACCCUCGUGGCAGAAACAAAUAACGUUGAGAGCAAUGGUGACUGGAUUGAUCCUCAGCGUUGUUUUCAACUUCAUUGUUUGCAAACUCAAUCUCACCACAGGUGUUAUCCCUUCUUUCAACGUGGCUGCCGGUCUACUCGGUUUCGCAGGCAUUAAGUCAUGGACUUCCCUUAUUCAGAAGAUUGGCAAAUUGAAGCAGCCUUUUACUAGGCAGGAGAAUACCGUCAUUCAGACCUGUGUUGUUGCUUCUUCUGGAAUUGCUUUUAGCAGCGGGACAGCAAGUUAUAUGUUGGGAAUGAGUCCGUACGUAGCAUCUCAGGCAGAAGCAGGAAAUACCCCAAAUAACACUAAGAAGCUUUCUAUUAGUUGGAUGCUUCCCUAUCUUUUUGUUGUCAGCUUUGCCGGUCUCUUCUCUAUUGUCGCACUAAGAAAGAUGAUGAUAAUGAAGUACAAGUUGACAUAUCCAAGUGGAACUGCAACUGCAUACCUUAUCAACUGUUUCCACACUCCUAAAGGAGCCAAGCUCGCCAAGAAACAAGUUAGUUCUUUGUUCAAAACGUUUGGGUUAAGCUUUAUAUUUGGGGCUGUUCAAUGGAUAGUUGCAGGUGGGGAAGGGUGCGGAUUUGGGCACUUGCCUACGUUUGGUCGGGAAGCCUAUCGAAAGAAGUUCUAUUUUGAUUUCAACGUAACAUAUGUUGGAGUUGGUAUGCUUUGCCCCUACAUGGUCAACAUAUCAUUAUUAAUUGGUGCCAUAGUUUCAUGGGGUAUAAUGUGGCCAAUGAUUGAAGAAAAGAAAGGCGACUGGUACUCUGCCAAGUUAUCCCCAUCAAGUCUUCAUGGUAUCCAAGGAUACAGGGUAUUUAUCGCAAUUGCCAUGAUGCUCGGAGAUGGUCUUUUCCAUUUUGCCUACAUGUUGGUGGUCACAAUCUCAAGUUUCACAAAGAGGAGACCACAGGGAGAUUAUUCAGGCGAAGAUGACGACGAUGACAAGAAAAUACGAAAUGAAUACUUCUUGAAAGACGAGAUCCCCAACUGGGCAGCCAUUGGGGGAUACACUGGUAUUGCAGUCAUAUCUAUAAUUGUUGUACCCAUUAUCUUCCACUCACUGAAAUGGUAUCACAUUUUGGUGGCCUAUUUAAUUGCUCCAAUUUUAGCCUUUUGCAAUUCUUACGGAGCCGGCCUCACUGAUUGGUCCCUGGCCUCAAAUUACGGAAAAAUUGCUAUCCUUACAUUUAGUUAUUGGGUUGGUUUGAAGAAUGGAGGAGUGAUUGCUGGCCUUGCUUCCUGUGGUUUGAUGAUGAGCAUACUAGACACAGCGGCUAACUUGAUGGGAGAUUUCAAGACUGGUUACUUAACUCUAACAUCCCCGCGUUCCAUGUUCUUUAGCCAACUCAUUGGAACUGCCAUGGGCUGUGUCAUAACCCCUCUAGUCUUCUGGGUUUUCAAUAGUGCCUAUAAAUUGGGUGAUCCAAAAGGUUCAUACCCUGCACCAUAUGGUCUCAUGUAUCGUGGAAUUGCCCUACUUGGCGUGGAAGGUUUUGGAAGUCUCCCCAGACAUUGCCUCAGGCUCGCUGUUUGGUUCUUUGUGGCUGCUAUUCUCAUCAACCUAAUGACUCAACUGCUGAAGAAAUUUGAGACAAAGUAUGGAAUUUAUCGAUUCAUUCCGAGUCCAAUGUGCAUGGCCAUACCAUUUUACCUUGGAGGGUACUUUGCCAUUGACAUGUGUCUAGGGUCAUUGAUCCUAUUCAUUUGGCAAAAGCUUAACAAAAAGAAAGCAAAAGAUUUUGGACCAGCAGUGGCUUCUGGUCUAAUCUGUGGUGAGUCCUUGUGGGGUAUUCCAGCAUCUGUUCUUGCUCUAGCUGGUGUGAAAGCUCCAUUUUGCAUGAAAGCUUAGUCACUAACAUAAGCCAAUAUUGUACAGACCACCUUUAUCCCUUCAUUUAAGCUUUAGUCUUUUGAUUGUCUUUAACAAUCAAAAUUUGGUUAUUUUAGCUUAACAUGUUAUUUUUAAGGUAUGGUUUUAGUUUGUAAGGUCAAUGUAUUCUCUAGUUUUCAUCUUCUUUAAUGUAAUGAAGAUUUUAAUCUUGCAUUA